AUGAGCAACAACUCUGUUAGAGUUGUGGUCGACAAAGACACAAUCUCGCGGUUUGCAUCCUGCCAAUCCGCAACGUUGAACCAUCUCAAUAAGUACGAGACCCUCACAAACACCGUGAACUACCUAUUGUCGUUUUCUGUGGUCUCCAGCACGAUAUCUGCAGUGCUUACAGUGCUGUACCGGGCCAGACUUGUUGCCGUUGACUCUCCCAAAUCACCACAGGUAAUUAAAAGGGGCUACCAGGCCAGCGUUGCUGGCGCCCGCAAAUUGGACGAGUGGUUCAAUAUCUUGGUUUUGCGCGAGGGUAUCGACGAGUUUGUGAGCCAGUACCACACACACAGCGGCAAACCUGGGUUCUGGGUUGUUUUCUACCUGCUCGACUAUUUUGCUAAUGUGUCGAACCUGGUGUUGAAAGAACUUGUGGUAAAACCUCUCAAGCUUGGCAAAAAGCCCUCGGGCCCAGCAGAAGCAGCACAUGAAUUGGACCUUGAUGGAGGCGUACAAAAUGGCCAUUCGCACCCAGACAACCUACCUCACAUAAAGGAGCUAGCUGGCACCACACGUUCUUUAGGACACGAAUUGCAAUCCAAAUUACAAUCUGAAUAUAUUGAACCCACCAGAACAAAGCUACAACAGGGAUACAUUGACCCCACCAAAGAUAGAAUCAACGGAACUAGAGACUACGUUUCUGAAAAGUACGGUGAGUUCAUUAAACCCACUUACGAUGCUGCCUACCAAACUGUCUCCGAAAAGUACGAAGGCAACUUGAGUAAAUCCGAAAGCGUGCCCAGAGCAAUUGUGUCGACAGGUGUCGACAUAGGUCAGCUGACGAUCGGGAAACUGAAAAACGGAGUUGCUCAUGGAGUUGACUCCGUCGAGCCUAGGGCCAAGGUUCUUUCCGACGAAAUCAGCGAAAGGGCUGCCUCUGUGCUUCAAACCACAGAAAACUUGACCAAGCAAGCUGCUUAA